AUGUCCGACAAGCUCAACUCCUCUCUCGAUGACAUCCUCAAGACCACCCGCGGUAAUGCCCGCCGCGGCCGUGGCCCUCGUCGCUCUGGAGUUGGUCGCACCACCGAAGCUCCGAUCGGCGGCGUAGCGAAGGCCACUAAGCAGACCAAGCCCAACAAGGCUGCUCCCACUGCCCCCGCUGCUACUUCGGGCGGCGAGACUAAGAUCAUGAUCUCCAAUCUUCCAUUCGAUGUUGAGGAGAAUCAACUCAAGGAAUACUUCAACACAGUUGUCAACGUUGGCAAGCCCCGCAGGAUUUUGCUUCAAUAUGGACCUAACGGCAAGAGCUUGGGAAGCGCUACGGUCAUCUUCAACAAGGCGGAGCAGGCCAUCAAGGCCACAAGCGCGCUCCAGGGUGUCAAGAUUGACAACAAGCCCAUCCGAGUCGAGAUGCUCGUCAGCGCUGCUGCUGUAGCCUCCCAGCCUCAGUCUUCUUUCGCAGACCGAAUCACUCAUCCCAAGAAGGCAGACAAGCCCAAGCCCGCCACUGCCGCCAAGGCUGUACCUGCCGGAGGUCGUGAGCGCGGACGCGGACGUGGGGACCGUGCUGCUGGUCGCGGACGUGGCCGUGGUGGACGUGAACGAACCAAGAAGAAGACCCAGGAAGAGCUCGACGCCGAGAUGGAGGACUACUUCCCGGCUGCUGAGGGUGGUAACGACGCUAUGGUAACGAACGGAGAUGCUCCCCAGGCCGGCGGCGGCGAUACAAUGGAAGAGGAUCAGAUGCUCUGA